AGAGGGUGGAGCCGCGGGAGGAGCGCAGUUUAUGCGCUAGUGACUGCUGCCGUCCACACGCGCAGAGAUUAUCACAAACCCGUCCGUUUCUUACCAUCCUCUUCAAAAAUUUACGACCGUUUAAGGAGCUUCACUCCACGUGCAUCUGAUCGAGGGUCAUCGUGGGGAGCUGGACGAUCUUGUUCUGAUGUAGAAUCAUCUGAAAAAAUUCCCCUCAUAUUUCCUUUGGAUUACACAAAAGGAGGCACGAGCACUCAUUGUAGUAUCCUUCCAUUCGAUGCCUUCAGCUGUUUAACAGAUGUACUGUAGCAUCUCCUCUGAUCUGUGACAGAGGAUCCUGCUGGAAUAAGGUGGAGGAGGAUGAGUUGGAGGAAACAAGUUGGAUGCGUGUUAUUAAGACCCGGAGCCAAACAGUAGCACUGAUAACCGUUUCAGUAAUGACUUCAGCAACAGAGAGUUUGAGAGUGUGGAGAUGAACAAACUGCGUCAGAGCCUGCGCAGGAAGAAGCCCACCUAUGUGCCGGAGGCCAGCCGGCCGCACCAGUGGCAAGCCGAUGAAGAGGCUGUACGAAAGGGAAAAUGCAACUUUCCCGUUCGGUAUCUUGGUCUGGUGGAGGUCGAGGAGUCCAGAGGGAUGCAUGUGUGCGAGGAAGCUGUGAAAAAACUGAAAGUGAGUGGAAAGAAAACAGUCAAGGCUGUGCUGUGGGUGUCCGCCGAUGGCCUGAGAGUAGUAGACGACAAAACCAAGGACCUCAUUGUUGACCAGACCAUAGAGAAGGUGUCCUUCUGUGCACCCGACCGCAAUUACGACAAGGCGUUCUCUUACAUCUGCCGUGACGGGACGACUCGCCGCUGGAUGUGCCACUGUUUCAUGGCCCUGAAGGACUCGGGGGAGCGACUGAGUCACGCAGUGGGAUGUGCUUUUGCCGCUUGCCUUGAGCGAAAACAGCGCAGGGAGAAGGAGUGCGGGGUCACGGCGUCUUUCGAUGCAAGCCGCACAUCAUUUGUAAGGGAAGGAUCCUUCCGUGUCUCCUCAGCUGGACAGCAAAGUGACCGGGAUGACAUCAUGAAACAACUACAAGAGAAAAGAAAAGAAGCCUGCGGCAUUUCUGCUAUGCUGUCAGGAAAUUCUUCACCUCCAGAGGGAGCAGCCUCACCGGUGGAAAGGGCGGAGCCAGGCGUGCCUCACGCUAUCCCACGCCGUCACGCCCCCCUCGAGCAGCUGGUACGGCAAGGCUCUUUCCGAGGCUUCCCACAGCUUAGUCAGAAAAACUCACCUUUUAAACGGCAGCUGUCCCUACGCCUAAACGAUCUCCCUUCCAACCUUCAGCGGAAGACCGACUUCCAGACCAAGAACCCAGUUCCAGAGAUGGAUCUGCCAGUUGCAGGAGAGCCAGACAGCAUAAAUGCUCUGUGCAGCCAAAUCAACAACUCUUUCACCAAACCUCCUGAAGAUCUGUGUGCCAAAGCCACAAACAACUGCAUACCACAAACAAUGUGCAGCGCACCACCUGCUAUUCCCCCUCCACCUGCACCCCUGCAAGCUACCAGCUCGUGGGUUCAGACGGAGCCUGCUGUCCAAUCUCCUUCAUCGAUACCUCAGGGCUGUCACAAACGAACACCAUCUGAGGCCGAACGCUGGCUUGAGGAAGUGGCUCAAGCUGUGAAAGUUCAACAGCAGACUCCGCCCCCAAUGGCCCCACCUACUCUGCCUCCACCCAUUCUUCCCCCACCACCCACUCAGCAUCCUCCACCAGUUCCCACUAUGCCCAUCGCACCAGGUUCCCUGCCCACCUCCAUGCAACCCUUCCCGAUGGCGUUUGACGUCACUCCCGCGCCCGUCAGCAUGUUCGCCCAGCAACCUCUCCAGCCGGCUUUUGUACCCAUGCAGCCAUACAUGCCAACUCUGGCCAACAGCAUGACGUACCCCAAUGCCAGCGUGCCCGUGGUGGGCAUCACACCAUCACAGAUGGUGGCUAAUGCAUUCUGCACUGCAGCCGGUACAGGCGGUGGAUCAGCAAUGGGGGUUGGGAUGGGGCCUAGGACGGGCCAACACUCGACUUUCCCCACCUUACCCGGAGGCUUCCCAAACACCAUGUUCACUGCUAACGGCCACCUGCACAACUCCUUUCCCUCAACUACUACGACUACCAGUGUCACGAACAACGGCACCACCACAAAAGCCGAUUGCAACUGGCCGAUGGAGAGUCUGAAACAGACCCACCCUUCAGACGGCACCCAGGAUGCCGAGCAUUUUGAAGCUAAGUGGGCCGCUCUGGAGUCCAAAUCGCAACCGAAGGCACCCAACCCUUUCUCCAAUGACUUGCAGAAAACUUUUGAGAUUGAACUUUAAUCGACGAGCCUUGGGAAAACGAGGCUGAACUAUUUCAUACCCCAUUCCCUUCUUAUGCUCCUGGUCUGUUUGAGGACAUGGGUUGCUGUAUUUUAUGUAAUAUGAUGGAGAACUGCUGAUCAAAUGCCAGAUUUGGAAAGCAAGAAUGUCAUGGAUCUUACGAAGACAGUCGCAACUUGUUUGGCACUUAAAGGAUGGGAAAAGCUUACGUGAGAGACCUGCACGCUAUGUCUCAGCAUUAAUGAUCUCUCAUCUGGUAUAUGAAUGAUUUUCCCUACAGGAAAUAUUGGAAGGGGAGAGUAAGCAACUAAAUAGGGGAUGGUAUGGCAAAAUAGAUAUUUAUUAUUUAAUUUGAUUCUAAUGUUUUUUUAAUCUGAUUUUAAUCGUCUGUUGUUGGUGGUUUCCCCUUAUUUAUUUACAUUGAACAGGGUGAUUUAUUACAGAUGGAAGAAAUUGGCUACUUGAAAAAUGACUCACCAAAUAAAAGGAUUCGAGUUUUUAUGAAGGAAAGUGUGUAAAUAGCAUGCUUUCAGUUUACUUUUAUUUAUUGCCCUUUUCGUGGCUGUUCAUUUUAUUAAUUCCAAACGAGUCAAUGCUGAACCAUUGAAACAUCCGCGUGGAUACCGAAAGUAUCACCUACAUUCCAACCCUUAUUAUACCGUCAUUAUGUACAAACACAUAAGAGAUGCCACACUGAAAAAAAUGAUUCAUUGAAUUUAAUCAAUUUUUUAAGGUAAGUGGUUGCAAUUAAUUUAUUUAAGCUACAUUUAAAGUGUUUAAAUGUAGCUUAAAUAAAUUGAUUGCAACCACUUACCUUAAUUUUUUUUAUUAAAUUCAAUAAAUCAUCUUUUUCAGUGCACUGUAGCCACCCUGACCUCCGUGAUUUAGCAUUGAAAGCAUUUCAGAAAAUUAAGACAUUUUUGAGGGUUAUUUUAUUUUUAUAAAUCAUAGCCAGAUGAAAUGUGUGGAUUCUGGCAACUUUAUAACUCUUAAAAACCUUUGGAUUAGCGUUAGCCAGACUGAGAUCCAUUGGGAGGCAUUGAAUAGCUUACAAAGCAUUUAAUGGGAUAGUUCACUCAAAAAUCAUAUUUACUCACUCUCAUGUUUUUCUUUGUUCUGCUGAACACAAAUGAAGAUAGUUUGAGGGAUGUUAGCAACCAAACUGAUCAGAGGCCCCACUUUCAUAGUAUUCUUUUUUCCUACUAUGGAAGUCAAUGAGGCCUCUGAUCGGUUUGGUUACAAACAUUCCUCAAAAUAUCUUCCUUCAUGUUCAAAAGAAUAAAGAAAUGUAUACAGGUUUGUAACAACAUGAGAGUGAGAAAAGGAUGACAAUUGUCAUUUUAGGGUGAACCGUUUCUUUAAAAAGGAUGCAAACUUGUAAAUACUAUGCCAGUUUGGCUGUUUCUCAAUUCCAAGAACGCAAAGAACAGACUUGCGUUCUAGUGGAGAUCGGUCUUGCCAGGCGACCUUGGAAGAACGAACUCAGAAGUUCGCGAGAACACAGAACGCACUUGUGAGAAUUGAGAUGUGUGCGAUCUUCCUGUUGGUCGCCUGACCUCCGUCAUUAGGCUUGUUCCACUUCAGUCGGCACCGCAAGAAUCGACAGCCGGAUGACGUCAAAGUACCGCAAGAGCGAUUCGCAUAUCAUACGGAGGAGUUUGCUUUUGAAUUGCUCUCGCGGAACUUUGACGUCAUCCGGCUGUCGGUUCUUGCGGCGCCGCGUGAAGUCGAACAAGCCUAUUGUUUUGCCGCAAUGACUUCUGGGGCGUAACGCGAUUUCAGCGCGCAAUCUGCACUCGAUGCAUCCUCGAUAUCAAGAACACAUCCAGGGAUUUUCAUGCGUUCUCUGUACUUGCGUUCUUGAGAAUUGGAAUGAACUUCGAAUGUUAACGAUGACGUAGAGUGAGAACACGAGGACGCAAGAUCACUGAAGAUGCAUAUUGACAAACAGCCUUUGUUUAAUGCAACAUCUUCCGAAAGGUUAUGGGCCACCCCAGUUAUUAAGAAUGUAUGUCGAAAACUGCUAUGUGACGAUCGGGUGAGGAUUACUAAACAUGGAUGUGGGGUACAAACCCUCUAACAGUGAAACUCUGAUCUCAAGGACUGUAUUUUAGUAACAUCACCCCUCUAAAACAUCACAAAGGCUUCUGUUAAUUUUGUAUACACUGUUAGAAAAAUUGUCAAAAUAUGUAUUCCCAGCUGUCACUGGGGCAGUACCCUUUAAAAAGGUCUAAUAUGUUCCAUUAGGUACAGAUAUGUAUACAUUUGGUACCAAUAUGUACCUUUGAGAUAUUAAAGGGACAGUAAAUAGGAUUUUAAGUGUUUUAUUAAUCAAAAUUAAUGUCUUUAUUCAUAAAUACGUCCUCGGUGUUAAAUGACCUCUGUCAAUGAUCUGACUUUUCUUUGUAAGCUUAGAAUUUCUUCUCUUUACUUACAUUGGACGGGUAAGUCCAAGCAGAGAGCGACAAAAAAUCAUUAGCUUACAAACGUGUUUCCACAACGCGUUUUCAUUCAGAACACGUGAAAUAGCUGAAACGGACAAGGAGAUCAGUGAUUACAUAACAGCUACCGUAGUUGAAACACGCAUUUGGAAAGGCAAGGCGCUAGAGAGCACUAUUCGUUUGAAUGCAAAUUACAAUUUCACCACUAGAUGGGGGAAAAUCCUACUUAUUGUCCCUUUAAGAUGUAUUUAUAAGUACUAUUAUCAAGUUUUUAGGUUCAAGCUGUACACUUAGAAAAAUGGUUUUUCCUCUACCAAACCUUUUUGAUAGAGAUAUGUGCCUUUAAGGUACAAAUGUGUACUUUUUGAAAAGGUACCGCCCCAGUGACAACGGGGUACAUAUUUAGAAAAAAUUGUCUGAUGGUGUAUGUAUUGGACAUCUCAACCAAUCAACUAAAAGCACAAAGGCCCUUGAAAGUUUGUUUCAUUACCGAAUUAAACAUAGACGAUUAAAGAUAACACAAAACAACAACAUUAAGCCACUACCCCCAAAAAUGCAAUAGAGUGCUUUAUGUUUCAGCACAUUAACAUCCACUGUGUUUAAUAUCACUCUUAACUGAGAUGUAAAUCCUGUGAAGGACAAAGCCAUUGAACCAUUUGAAUUUGGUUUGGUGUUUUUGCAAUGUUUUUUCCCCAUGGUCCUUUAAUCCAGUUCUGCUUUGAAAUCUUUAAAGUAAUGCAAAUACAAACGACAAGAGACGUGAAUGUAUAGCAAGUACUCAUAAAUGGUUAAGGAUUAAAGAGAGAUGAAAACAGACCAUACAGGUAGAUAGUCAGUUUGGUCCUGUGCAUGCUUAAAAUAUCCCAUAUUACAGUACAGUAUGUUAAAACAUUGAAUAUGCAUCUUAGUUAUGUCAUUAGUUUCUUAUCACUCACUCGGGUCUGAAACAGACAAAAAGGCAACUUUAUUUGCAUACAAAUAUGGUCACUAGAUAAUAAAAUCUCAUCUAGUUUAUUGUCAAAAGCAAAUCUGGAUCUCUGAUGGGAACUCAUGUCAUGUUUUCUUCAGCAUGGUGCUGUUGGGCACAAACAAUGUUUAAUAAUACUGCUCAAUGGUUGUGUUUUUAUUUUGUUCUGACAAUAUAUGAAUGAAUAUUUUUAAGUAGUUCAUUCAAGAUGUGCUGAAUGAUGUUACUGGCGUGUAUGGAGUCCUGCAGGUGUUCGAUGCUAGAUGAUCAAAGUUAGACUGUACACUGUGUUCAUGACGUGUACUCCAUACAGUGAACAAAAUGAUCUCUUAUCACAGAGACUUCAAUAGCCAGUGCAAAUACAAGACGGGCACAAUGUUUUUAACUCCUGGAAAGACCAUUUUGACCGUAAUGUGUUAUAAAUCGACUUGGCCACUUCUCAGUUUUCUUAUCAGCUGUGUAUUACAGGGUCAAGCAGGUCUGUUGUGGCACAAUGAAUACAAAAAUAGUCUUUCUUUUUCCAAAGACAAUGCAUUUGUAAUCUGACCAAGCCGUUACGUUGUGUGGGGUACAAAUAUUUACAGUUAAAUGAAUGAAUUUGUUCAAGUCAAUAUCCCUGGAUUAUUUAUCAACUCCCCCCUCAACAAAAUAUACAGGUUUUGAUUUAAAACCAGGGAACUAAAUUACCUCAUAAACUUGAUUGUAAACUUUAGUGUAGUGAUAACAAACCAGUGAAGUUUAUUUUUAAUCUUUCUUUAUUUACAGAAUUUUGUAUUUAAACCCACAUAUUUCUAUUGUAAUUACAUUGUAUAAAAGAUCAAUAAAUAAUAUAAUAUGAACAAA